UCAAUUGAAAAAGAAAAAAUAAUUAUGCAGAUGGUUAUAUUGAGGGUAAAAUGGUAAUUUCGUAAAAAAUACUGCUACUAAUUUUUCUGGGGGCCUUGAGUGUUACAGGCACAGAUGAAGUAUAAUCAAUCCCCUCUUGUUCAAAGUUUAUAGAAACUGUCAAAUUUGGAAAGCCGUAUUGUUCAACUGCAAGGGACUGAGUUAGAUAGUGAGCUGUCAUGUUUGCGACAAUUGUUCGAUAUGUUGGCAAGAAACCGAAGCCGAAGAUGAAACCGAUAGAGCUUAAAACGCCACCAGAGCAGACACAGACAAUUACGAGGGUUAUUUUUGAUAUUGUCAAAGAGCAUGGUCCGCUCACCAUUGCGGAUACUUGGGAGCGUGUUAAGGAAGUUGGUGUACGAGGACUGACAAGUAAGAGGCACAUGAAAAUUGUAUUAAGGUGGAUGAGGGAGAGGCAGAAGCUCAGGCAGAUAUGUAAUCAUGCGGGCCCCCAGAAACAGUUUCUUUAUACAACCUGGUUCACAAAACCAAAUAUUAUGCAGAAAAACGCUGGCAAUGCUUCUCUACGACCAAAACCAUGAAUCUUCAUUAGUGUGUCAGUGAAUAUCUCCUGAUUUGUAAGCUUGUCACCCUGGACUAAAGAGCGGCUCUUUUUGUAAUUAUUCGUUCGCUGUUAGUCUGUUAGAUUGAAGGUCGCGCUAGGAACUCGGAAAGUUAUUAUGUGUUGUUAGCUUUAAUAAUGUUCUCUCAAA